UCAGGAAUGUCACAUGACGGCCUUACAGUGAAGCCCCGCCCAUUUUGUCAGCCAGUUUGUUUAUAAUUUCUCUUCUAGUUACUUUAUGUCAGGAACUUCAUCACGGUGGCGAAACUUUCAACGAAUGUUUGAAGAGUUUCUGCUGCGGGAACCGGGGACUUUGUUAAAUCCGAGCAGAGGAUGAACAUACAUCGAUGUAAUAUGGGAGGUUUGUCCACUAGCAUUUAAACUCAGGUAACAUGUCAUUAAUCUGUCAUGUAGAUUAAGUAUUUAAUUAGAACAGAGUUUGACAUGUUAUACAGUGAGUUCCAGUGGAUUGACCGGCGUCUCCUCAACACGAAUGAAUGAAUCUUUCAGUCUCGGAGAAGUUCUGAACGCGACCGAAUCGAGUGAAAAUGGGUGAUGAAUCAAAGCCAGUGGACGGAGAGGUGAAUGAUAAUAAAUAUUUCUCAAAAACAGACGCGACUGAUGCUGAGGUGACUUUUGAACAGCGAAGCGCACCGCCGGAAACGCGUUUAUAUAAAAAGAGAUGGAUCAUAGUGUUUUUAUUCAGCUCGUAUUCGCUGUGUAACUCCUAUCAAUGGAUUCAAUACGGAAUCAUCAACAAUAUCUUCAUGCGCUUCUACGGCGUGGACUCUUUCACCAUUGACUGGAUGUCCAUGAUUUACAUGUUGACGUACAUUCCGCUCAUUUUCCCCGUCUCGUGGCUUUUGGAUAAAAAAGGGCUGAGGGUCAUCGCGCUCGUGGCUGCGGCUCUGAAUUGCACGGGCACGUGGAUCAAGGUGGCCAGCGCGAGACCCGACCUUUUUCCGGUCACAUUUUUGGGCCAGUUCACGUGCUCAGUGGCUCAGGUGUUUAUCCUCGGGAUGCCCUCGCGCAUCGCGUCGGUGUGGUUCGGAUCGGAAGAAGUGUCCACUGCGUGCUCCAUCGGGGUCUUCGGAAAUCAGUUGGGGAUUGCCAUAGGCUUCCUGGUUCCACCAAUACUGGUUCCAAAUGUGGACGAUCUGGACGAGUUGGCGGCUCACAUCAGAGUCAUGUUCUACAUCACGGCAGGAGUGGCCACCUUCCUGUUUGUAUUGGUUGUCAUUGUGUUUGAGGAGCGUCCGGAGAUCCCUCCCACCCACGCUCAGGCCGCGGCUCGGCAGAUCUCUCCAGAGAGCUACUCGUAUACAGCCUCCAUCCUCAGGCUUCUCCGCAACAAAGCCUUCAUCCUUCUCGUCAUCACUUACGGGCUGAAUGUUGGCUGUUUCUAUUCUGUCAGUACGCUUCUCAACCGAAUGAUCAUUGAACACUAUCCUGGAGAGGAGGUGAACGCCGGCAGGAUCGGCCUCACCAUCGUGAUCGCUGGCAUGGUGGGAUCCCUCAUCUGUGGGAUCUGGUUAGACCGAUCUAAGACAUACAAACAAACAACUCUAGCCGUGUAUGUGAUGUCGCUUGUGGGUUUGGUGCUUUAUGCUUUUACCUUGGAUCUGGGUCACCUGUGGGUGGUCUUCAUCACAGCAGGAGCCCUCGGGUUCUUCAUGACGGGUUACCUUCCCCUCGGUUUUGAGUUUGCUGUCGAAUUGACUUACCCAGAGUCUGAGGGGACGUCUUCGGGACUUCUGAACUGCUCUGCACAGGUAUUCGGGAUCAUAUUUACGAUCUGUCAGGGGAAAAUUAUGGACUCGUUUAAUACUCUGGCUGGAAAUCUCUUCCUAUGUGCCUUCCUUCUGAUAGGAACCAUCAUUACAGCCUGUAUUAAGUCCGAUCUGCGCAGACAGCUGGCAAACCAACAAGCACUGGCAGCUCUGUUGUUCCAAACAUCCACAGCAGGAAUGUGACCAUGUUCCUGCAGAUUCACAAGGGUCUUCGCCCUCGAGCAGCUCCUGUUGCGCUUUUGAACUUUUUAUUGUGUUAACAUUCCAGCGCUGUGAUUGGAUGACAGAUGGGAAAUGCUCUGAGAAUCAUACCAGCUCUAUAAAUACAUUUCAUCCUGUUCUUCACCAUCAGUCCAGCUCAUCUUUACACGCGAUGUUAUGUUUUCUUGAUCCACGCAUCCCAUUCAAUCUCUCUUUCCAAUUUCCCAUUAUCCUGCUCUGUUUUUUUUUUUCACUUCAUUGUCUCUUUCUUCUCAUAUAUGCUUACACUAUCAUUGGUACAAAUCAUUGGUACAGUUUUAUAAAUGGUUUUGAAAAAGUCUCUUCUGCUCACCAAGGCUGCAUUUAUUUUAUCAAAAAUACAGUUAAAACAAUAAAAUUGUGAAAUGUUAUUAGUUUAAAAGAACUGUUUUCUAUGUGAAUACAUUUUAAGAUGUCAUUUUAUUUCUGUGAAUUUUCAGCAUCAUUACUCCAGUCUUCAGUGUCACAUGUUUCUUCAGAAAUCAUUCUCAUAUGCUGAUUUGCUGCUCAAGAAACAUUUCUUAUUAUCAAUAUCAAAUACAGUUUAAUGCUGCUUAAAGGGUCAUGAAACCCUAAAACACAUUUUUUGAGAUGUUAACAUAUAUGUACAGGUUGCACAUCAGUGGAAACAAUAAUAGCACAUUUUUAUGGAAACCAUAAUUAUUUUUUUUUUUAAAUAAAGUCAAAAAAGAGUGUUGAUUUCCUUUGUAACAUUGUAAAUGACACUUUUGAUCAAUUUUCAGUGUUCUUGGUGAAUAAAAGUACUAAUUUCUUUCAAAAACUGAAAAAAACUACUCUUCCCAUUCCUCUUUUCCACUGAUCCUGUUCUUCCUUUCCAUUUUCUACUUCUAUUUUCCACUCAUCAUGAAUGGGAUGUUUUUAACUCAACCUCCUCUGAUCAUGUCAUUCUCUCUUCUAGUUUCCUAUCUGUCCAAAUCCAUUCAUGUUUACAGAUCUGUGUGUGUGUGUCUACAGGCAGCAUUGGGCAGGUCAGACGUUCAGAAUCACAGUGGGACGUCUCUCCUCCCCUCCACACACAUGUGAUCAAUCAAUCACUGCCUGAUUUUAUUGCUCACUGUGGUUCAGGUAUGGGUGGCACAAGCAAUCAGCCCUUCUGAUUCACGAUCGAUGAGGCUCAUUUUAAUUAUCGCUUACAAAGUUAUUCAUAUGUGCUUUUGAUUCUCUCUCAGAGUCCAAUGUUCAUUAUUUCUUGCCUACUCUGUCUGAACGCUUCACCCUUGAGCUUUGUACGUGAGUGCGUGUUCAUUGUAGUUUGAUGUUCGACGUGUACUAACAUCUAACCUUCAUUUAAUCCACUAACAUACUAACUGCAGAUGUGUGCAUGAAACUGGUUUGUGGCCAAAAGGGGGCGCCGUUUUCCUGAUAUCUGUUACUGAUUAUGUGUUUUGUGUUUGCAGGGCCCUGUGGAAGUGUCACCGGCACAAGCUUUUGAAGCCAAACUCUAAUGUGAUCCUGGGACGGAUCGUGUAGCAUGCUUAUGUUUUGUAGUUUUUAACCCUGCCUUGAAUUUUGAUUUGUUUUUCCUUUGGGACUUUUGAAUCAUUCUGUAUUAUGUAUGUAUGUGUGUGUAUGUGUGCGUUUUUGUGACAAAUGAGGACAUAAAUUUGUAUAAUCACAAGGGUAUGACAUAGCUAUUACAAGGAGAAGGUGACAUUACCCAUUGUCCCUAUUUUUCAAAACGCUUAUAAAUCAUACAGAGUGAGGGUUUUUUUUGUUUUUUUGAGAAAGUAAAAUAGCACAAAGUUUCCUGUUAGGUGUAGGGUUGAUGUAGGGCAAUAGCACAUACAGUUUGUACAGUAUAAAAACCAUUACGCCUAUGGGAUGUCCCCACUUUUCACAAAAACUAACGUGUGUGUGUUCAUUUGACCUGCUACGAGUGUUUCUAACAGCCAGGGAUUGAUCAGGUGUUUUUUUGUUUGUAUGGUGUGAUCAUUUGUGUUUACUUGAUCACUAAUCAUCUCAAGUAGGAUAUAUUCUAAUUUAACUAUCAAAUGAUAAAUUAAGUUAUUGUUAACAUUUAAAAUUUCUUAUAUCUUCAAACAAUUUCUUAUUGAAAGUUUGAAAAAAAAUUCUACAAUGAAACCGUGGAGUGUUUCAGUAUUUUUUUAACUUAUGAAUAGAAACCGAAGCUCAACACAGUCAAAACUGUGCAGUAAUAAGUACUGAAUAACUGUUUCUUUAUUUUUAUACAGUGGUUUUGUUUUUUUGACCCUAAUUGAAGUUCUGUAAAUACCAUCUGAAUAAAUUAACAAAUAAAACAAAUCUAACAUCUAAA